GUCGAUACAAUUGAAUUGAAUACUCUCAUGACAUUGCUACAAACAAUCUAAAACUACCUACAUUCAAUACAUUCCCCGCGCGAUGAAUAUUUCGGAUGAUAAUUCCAAUUUAUAGAUAUAUAUUCGACAAUGCCUCAUUCGACUCGAGGUCCUUCGCCUGGUCGAAUUGCACAAACGAGCUUCAAAUUUCCUGGUGAUACGAAGGCCAGCUCGCGCACAUCCAUGGAGAAGUUUCCAGAUCUCGAUACCUCCGAUACCUUCGAUCAAUAUGAUGGACAACAUCCUAAUAACUCACGAAAGUCCAAUGGAUAUCCCAGUGGUCCUCCUCCACUGGAUCGUUGGCAGGCACAAAGAAAUGGUAGAAUGGGAGGGGAUUCUUGGACAAACGGAGAAUCGAAUAAUGGCAGAGGACACAGAAAACAAAAGAGUUUGAGUGAUGCAUUUAAGACAAUUAAGUCGAGAAAGGGGAGUAUGAGUGCCAAUGUACAUGAAAUUUCGGAUGCUCUAAAGGCUCCAGUCUCUCCUAAAUUAAUUGUCUUAUGUAUAGUAUGGUAUCUUUCAAGUGCCUUGACAAAUACAUCUUCGAAAUCGAUUCUGAAUGCUUUCCCGAAACCUGCGACUCUUACUCUCAUUCAAUUUGCAUUUGUCGCAUUCUAUUGUCUGUUUUUCUCCUGGCUUUCCGCGACUUUUCCACAACUCAAAAAUGCAAUUCCAGCUCUACGACAUGGAAUUCGAUAUCCCACAAGAGAAGUCAUUAUGACUACACUACCUUUAGCGGCUUUCCAAAUCGGUGGCCAUCUUCUAUCUUCCACGGCGACAGCUAAAAUUCCGGUCUCACUAGUUCACACAAUCAAAGGGCUUUCCCCCUUAUUCACAGUGGUCGCAUAUCGACUUAUAUAUAAUAUUCGUUAUCCAGUGGCUACAUAUCUCUCCCUCGUUCCUCUCACACUCGGUGUCAUGCUCGCCUGUUCCGCAGAAUUUAGAGGAAAUAUAUUUGGUAUAAUCUACGCUUUCCUCGCAGCCAUAAUAUUUGUCACCCAAAAUAUAUUCUCCAAAAGGCUCUUCAAUGAAGCCGCAAUCGCAGAAGCAGCAGGUCAGCCGCGUACCAAUAAAUUAGAUAAGCUCAAUCUCCUCUGCUACUCGUCGGGGCUCGCUUUCCUUGUUACAUCACCUAUCUGGUUCUGGUCAGAAGGUAUCACUCUCUUGGGUGAUUUUUUUCACGAUGGAUCUCUUGAUUUGAGUUCCCACCCCGAAGCCUUCGACCACGGACGUCUAGCCCUCGAAUUUGUUUUCAACGGAACAUUCCACUUUGGUCAAAACAUUAUCGCAUUCGUUCUCCUUAGCAUGGUUUCUCCCGUCACAUAUUCUGUUGCCUCUCUCAUAAAACGUGUCUUCGUCGUUGUAAUCGCUAUAAUCUGGUUCCAAAACCCUACAACCAAAAUUCAAGGUCUGGGCAUUGCCCUCACGUUCUUCGGUCUCUACCUCUACGACCGGACCAAGGGUUCCAACAAAGCAGACCGCAAAGCCAAAAUGUUAAAUAUUAAAGAAGAAUCUCUUCUCCCUCUAAACACAACCUCCGGUAGACUCACACCCGACACUCAAGCCCAAGUCCUCUUUGAAUCUCCAAUCCAAGCACGAGGUGGAGGAUACUCAUUGUCGUCUGGAAAUUCGGAUAACAAGAGAUCAGAUGACAAUUCAUUUGACAGAAAUGGGAGGCUGAGGGGUAGUAGUAAUGCUUCUUGGCUACCGCCUGGAACGAAACAGGAGGAUACUUGGAAACCCAGAGAGAUUAUCGCGAAUGGACCUGGGAACGGGAAUGGGAAUGGAAUUUCUGUCAACUAAAGUGUUUGUCAUUUGGAGUUUCAUAAAUAGAGGAGAUGGAUUUUGAUUUUGGUUCUGCUUUUGAUUUUUCAGUUAUUUUAUGCUAUUCUAGUUCCUUUACUUGCUAGAUAGAUACCUACCUACAUAGGUACUUAUGAUAUCAACGAAAAUGCGCAUGCGCAAGCAAGCAAAGCACUCCACGAAGUGUCGGGUAUACAUAUAUAGAUACCCCAGCUGAGGUACGCACGAAAUGCACAUGAAAGGGAGUAAUGGGCGUUAGGACAAUAAUAGAACAUCUUGAAUAUGGUUUCUAGAGUCGCACUGACUGACUCUGUCAAUUGCUUACUAUUAUUGAUAGAGUGGAGUUUUUGGUUCGGCGCUUGACCUUUUCCUGUAUGCAGUACGAGAAUAGAAUAGAAUAGAAUGGGAUGGGAUGGGAUGGGAUGGGAUGGCGAUUUGAGGUUUACAU